AUGGCCCUCGCUGACGAUCCUAUCGAGCGCCUUUGCCAACGGCAAGAGACCAUUGAUUCAGCUAAAGACAUCUUUCGCCAGGCCAAAGUCAAGACGCGUGACGGGUCAGGGUACCAGCUUGGUUCGAGCACAACUGGCUUGCCUGCUAUCUGCUCGCUCAUCGCGUCUGAGAGAUUAAAGAACGGUGACGUCACGCCAGAAGCUGCGCAAGUCGCGUCGUGCUUGAACAAGAGGGCCUUUUCGAAGGCACUCAGCAUUGUCAAGGCAGCGUUGGGCGUCACGGCGAAGAAGAAGGUUGUCGUCUCGUACCUUGAUCUCAUGGACCAAUAUCGCGCAGAGACAUAUAAAACUUGGCUACCCCCAUAUUUCCAUCAUGCACAGAACGCGUUACAAUUGAUAGAUUCGCGAUACAAGGAAGAUGAUCCGGCGGUUAGGUGUGGAAUAUUCUUCUGGGUGUGCAACACUGUCAAAGUUAAACUCCCUAGCACCACGGCCUUUGCCAAAAACCAUGAGCUGUCCCUGAAACUAUUCACUUCUAUCGUCUCCAUUUUAAACGAGAAAUGCUCCCAACUCCAAACGCGCAUUCUUAAAGCUGGAGCCAAUGCCACAUCCCCAAUCAAAUCCACAGCUUCUGCUUCUACUCCAUCCCAGCGUACUUCUCCCCGAAAACAACUGCGGGAGUUACCAUCGAAGGAAACUCCAAAACGAGCACCAGCCCAAUCCGCCGUGGCUGCCCCUUCACAGAAACCCCUCGUUGAAUUCGUCGGAUACUCUUCAGAGAACGAAGACAUUGAAAUGGCAGUCCCAGAAACUCCUUCGAAAAAGCGAAAAUUGGAGAUUGUCCCGAGAUCCAUCCUCCGAUCAUCUCCCGUCAAACCCCUCGUCUUCCAAGCGUCCUCUUCGCGACUGACGCUCGACGGGUCACCCACAAAAACGCCCACUGCAGCAUCUACCUUGAACACACCUUCAAGAUCUGUAUCUACGAAAAAGCUGCGCGAGUUGCCAUCGAAAGAUAGCCCAAGGAAACGUGUGGAGUUUGUUGCUCAGGAGCCAGAGAUUGAGGGGGUAGUUUCAAGAGCACCAGCACCUCCAGCGGCAGAAAAACGCGACAACGAGGACGUGGAGAUGGCAGCUCCAGAAACCUCCAGAAAGAGGCGGAAAUUGGAGCCUUCAAUGCCCGUACCUGUCGCAACGCCGACCAGACCUGUCACCCGUAGCUCACCCGCCAAACCUUCCUUGCCUUCCACGCGGUCCUCCUCACGCAUUGACGCGUUGAGGGGGCAGGUGGUUCCGGAAGUUCCGCGUACCCCCACCAAGCCCAAACCUAAGACAUCAACCCGCACAUCUACCUCUACAGUCGUAGAAGUAUCAAUCACGCCCGUCAGGCGCGGUCGGCCCCCUAAGAACCCUCGGCCCAUACCUAUGGAGGUAGACCAAGCCCUGGACGCGCCUUCCAGUGAGGAUGAAGAAGAGGAAGAGGAACCGCGACCGCGCCGUUUCCGCCCUGUUUAUCUAGAGUCAAAACAGUGGUAUAGCCGCGAUCGGAGGCUUGCGAGGAUAUGGAAGGCGGCGGAGAAGUAUAAGCGGGGGAUGGUGGAGCUUUAUGGGCAUCCUCUUGAUGAGUUGAGGGAUGACGACGCGGACGACGGGAUGGAUGAGGAUUGACCUUGUAGUAUUCGAAUCUUCCGUACAAUGGGCGAGGUAUAUAUUGUUAUUAGUACUAGUGGAAUUUAUGGACUUUGAUGUGGUCU